UGUGCCCGCUGCUUGCCACUAUAUAAUGACAAGCCUUUUCAUUCAGGGGACCAAGUUCAUGCAUAUAAUUGCAAACCUUGUCAGUGCUAUAGCCAUGCAGUAAGCUGCCACUAUGAUGUGACACUGGAUCCUUUUCCUAAUGAAUAUGAUAGAGGUGGUGGUGGAAUAUGUGAUAAUUGUCAACAUAACACAACAGGAAGAAACUGUGAGUUGUGUAAGGAUUUCCAUUACCGGCAAGCAGGUGCAGAUCUUUCAGCCAUCGAUGUUUGUAAGCCCUGUGAGUGCUAUGCAGCAGGCACCAAAAAUAACAGCCUCCUGUGUGAUAAGAUUGGAGGCCAGUGUAAUUGUAAGAGACAUGUGUCUGGCAGACAGUGCAAUCAGUGCCAGGAAGGAUUCUACAAUCUACAACAGUCAGAACCUGAUGGCUGCAGUCCCUGUAACUGUAAUACCUCUGGGACAGUCAAUGGAGAUAUUACCUGUCACCAAAAUUCAGGCCAGUGCAACUGCAAAGCAAAUGUUAUUGGUCUCAAGUGUGAUCAUUGUAAUUUUGGAUUUAAAACUCUCAGAAAUGUCAAUGAAGAUGGAUGUGAUCCCUGUCAGUGCAACAUCAAUGGCUCAGUGAACCAAUUUUGCAUCCCUUUUACUGGACAAUGCAAUUGUAAAGGUGAAGUAAAGGGACUUCAGUGUGACACCUGCAUGGACAACUUUUAUGGGUUGGAUGCUACUGGCUGUAAGGCUUGCAAGUGUAACGUCUCAGGGUCACUUUUUGGAACUGUGUGCAACGCUAAAACCGGGCAAUGUGUAUGUAAACCUUAUGUCAGAGGAAGGCAAUGUAAUGAAUGCUUGGAUGGGUACUAUGAAGUACAACAAAAUAAUUCCUUCUUCUGUCUGCCAUGUAACUGUGAUAAGGCAGGUACAAUAAAUGGAGCUCUGCUCUGCGACAAAUCAACAGGACAAUGCCCUUGCAAAGCUGGUGCAACUGACCAUCAGUGCAAUCUGUGUGUGUCUCAUAUGUACAAUCUCACUAUUAGCAACCCUCUCGGCUGCCAGAUUUGUGAUUGUGACCCCUUGGGAACAUUAGCAGGAACAGUUUGUGACCAGAUUAGUGGACAAUGUGUAUGCCUCCCUAAUCGUCAAGGAAGAAGGUGUAAUCAGUGCAAACCAGGUUUUUACAUAUCCCAAUUCAGUACUUCUGGCUGCCUGCCAUGUGUAUGCCAUAUAACUGGUUCAGUCAGUCAGGUCUGUGAUCGUCUAAGUGGCCAGUGUGUUUGUCAAGAUGCUUCUGUAAAUGGACAGAGAUGUGACCACUGCAGUGACCUUUAUUUUGGAUUUGACUCUGAAACAGGAAGAUGUCAGAAUUGUAAUUGUCAUCCUGCAGGAGUCAUUAAUGGGACUUGUCAUCCCGUUACUGGACAGUGCAUUUGUAAACAAUUUGUAACUGGCUUGAAAUGUGACAACUGUGUUCCCAAUGCUAGUAAUUUGGAUGUCCACAACCUAUUUGGCUGCAGUAAAACACCAUCCCAACAACCUCCACCUACGGGACAGGUUCUAAAUGCUUCUGUUAUCUGUCUUUCAUGGAGCCCACCUGAUUCUCCAAAUUCCAACAAGCUUGUCUAUAGGCUAUACAGAGAUGAGACAGAAAUCUAUACAAUGGAAGACCACCAUCCCUAUAGUUCUCAGAACUUCACUGAUACUACUUUAUUCCCGUAUACCUUCUAUUCCUAUUACCUCAAGGCCAGCAAUGCUCACGGUUCCACAAGAAGUGCAGAAGUAACGUACAGGACAAAACCGGGGACACCCACAGGAAAUCUACAUUUAAAUGCAGCCUUUCCUAUUGGCCCACGUUCCAUUUCACUUAACUGGACAUCCCCAUCAAAUGACUCUGGGCCUAUAGAGAAGUAUAUUUUGACAUGUACUAAUUCAUUCAAUCUAGAGCCUUGUGGCCUGUAUGAAGGUUUAGAAACCUCAGCAAUUAUUUGGAAUCUGGUUCCGUUUACAAAGUAUAUUUGUUCUGUUCAAGCCUGCACCAGUGGAGGCUGUUUGGAGAGCCAGCCAGUGACAAUAAUUACUGCACAAGCCCCUCCAGAAGGGCAAGAUCCUCCUGCGAUUCAAAAUAUCAGCUCUACAGAGCUUACAUUAGAAUGGUCUCCACCUACAAAGCCAAACGGUAUAAUUAUACGGUAUGAACUUUACAUGAGAGGAGUACCACAGUCUGAUGGAAGUCAUGUGCCUCCUGAAACUCGUAUUUUCCAAAGUAGUGGAUGGCUCAAUCCUCAGCCAGUUGUGGAGUCUGCCAAUGAAAAUGCAUUAACCCCACCUCAGACCAGCACCAGAGUCAUUGGCCUUGAACCAUUCACAGAGUAUGAGUUCUGUGUCUCAGCAGUAAAUAUGGCUGGUAGUACAUUAUCACACUGGAUCUCAGAAAGAACUGCAGAGGCAGCUCCCAUAUUCAUGCCGUCUCCAUCAGUAUUCCCCAUGUCACCGUAUUCUCUCAAUGUAUCUUGGGAAAAGCCACAAGACAAUUUAGCAAGAGGAGAAGUGAUGGGGUAUAGCAUCAACUUAGUUACCGAACAGAAAAUCUUGCCAGCACUUUCCCAGGUUUUAUAUAUAGCUGAGGCUCAUGAGCUGUCCUAUAUAGUGACAGAGUUAAAACCAUACAGAAGGUACUACUUCACUGUUACUCUCUGCAAUCAAAUUGGUUGCAUAACCAGUGAGCCAGGCACAGGACAAACCUUAGCAGCUGCUCCAAGAAAACUUAAUGCCCCUCAUCCUGAAGGAGUAAACAAUACAACGGUAAAGAUAAUUUGGAAUGAACCUAAAGAACUUAAUGGGCCUUCUCCCAUCUACCAGCUGGAAAGGAUGGAUUCAUCUUUAACUUCAUCGAGUGUAGAAGUAAUGAAAGGAAUCCAUUUCCCAGGAAAUGGAUAUUUCAAAUUCCCUAGUUCGGCUCUUCCUGCCAAUAUGUACUUUACAGGUAUUAAAGUGAGCUUUAGAACCAAGGAAGCUGAUGGCCUGAUUCUUUUCUCUGCAUCACCUGGGAAUCAAGAGGAAUACAUUGCACUUCAGUUGCGGGAUGGACGUCCUUAUUUUCUUUUUGAUCCACAGGGAUCUGCAGUGACAGUUACUCCAGCUAAUGAUAGUGGAAGACAAUACAAUGAUAACAGCUGGCACCAUAUCAUUGCUACAAGAAAUCAGGAUUUGGGAGAAAUCAUUGUAGAUGGGCAGUACUCAGGUUCUUCCUUAGCUACCAGUGGCAGCACCAUUAUUGGGGAAAACACAGGGGUUUUUGUUGGAGGACUUCCACAGGAUUACAUUAUCCUAAGAAAGGAUACAGGAACCAAGAUAAUUAUCCGGAAAGGUUUUGUGGGGUGUCUGAGUGACAUAUUUUUGAAAAAAACACACAAUCCAUAUGAAAGCUGGGAACCUUUAAAUUGGCAGGAUGCUGAAGAGCAAAACAAUGUUUAUCAGACUUGGGAAGGCUGCCCCACUGGCCUCAUGGAAGGAGCACAUUUUCUUGGCAAAGGGUUCCUGGAACUCCAAUCAGAUAUUUUUCACGGUGGACUGGAUUUCGAGAUCUCAUUUCAGUUUAGAACAAACCGAAUGAAUGGAUUACUUCUGUUUGUUUACAACACAGAAGGACCAGAUUACCUUGCUACUGAGCUGAAGAGUGGAAUAUUGAGCUUCCUGUUAAAAACUGGUGUUGUCGUUACACAAGUGAAUCUCUGGCUAGGGCUGUCUUACUGUGAUGGAAAGUGGAAGAAAGUAAUUGUUAAAAAGGAAGGCUUGGUGGUUUCAGCAAACAUGAAUCAAUUGAAAGAGCAAGUGCUGGAGCCCCAUGCUCAGCAGCUGGAAGUGAACUCUCCAGUCUACAUAGGAGGAAUUCCAUCUGAAUUAGAGGAUUCCUAUAAAGACCUGGGGCUACAGCAAGGUUUCGGUGGUUGCAUGAAGGAUGUUAAAUUUACACGAGGUGCUGUCGUUAACUUGGCAUCUGUGUCCAGCAGUGCUGUCAGAGUCAAUCUGGAUGGAUGCCUAUCAACUGACAGUGUUGUUAACUGCAGGGGAAAUGACUCCAUCCCAGUGUACCGAGGAAAAGAGCAGAGUGUUUAUGAGAGUGGUCUACAACCAUUUACGGAAUACCUAUACAGAGUGGUUGCCUCAAAUGAGGUUGGAUCAGUGCCUAGUGCUUGGAGUCGUGGUCGCACAAGAGAAUCAGUCCCACAAAAUGUGCCAACUCCCUCAAGAGUUCACAGCAUAAAUGGUUACAGCAUUGAGGUGACCUGGGACAAACCUGCGGGGGUCAGAGGUGUAAUUGAGAAGUACAUUCUGAAAGCAUAUGAAGAGGAUGGUCCCAAUGUACCCAUCAUCAGAGCUGAGUUUGCAGACACUAGUAGGCUCACAGGCAUGUUAACAGGCUUGCAUCCCUUCACAAACUAUGCUGUAACCCUAACUGCUUGCACUUUGGCUGGCUGUACUGAGAGCUCACAUGCAUUGAACAUCUCCACUCCACAAGAAGCCCCUACAGAUGUACAGCCACCAACAGCUAUAUCUUUCCCCACUUCUUUACUGCUGAGUUGGAGUCAGCCAAAAAACCCGAACGGUAUUAUAACACAGUACACUUUAUAUAUGGAUGCUUUACCAAUGUACACUGGAAAUGGAACUAAAUAUAUAGUCAAAGAUUUAGCAGUUUUUACACCACACCAGUUUCUGCUCACUGCAUGCACGCUUGUUGGCUGUACAAAUAGUUCUCAGGUCACCUUGUUUACAGCACAGCUGCCACCAGCUCACGUAAAUGCCCCGGUCCUGACUGUUUUGGAUUCUAGAACGAUAUAUGUACAAUGGAAGGAACCACUAGAAGUAAAUGGAAUUCUGGAACACUACAUUUUAUAUAUUGCCAACAGUGAGCACAAUUUUACAAAUUGGGAUGUAAUUUAUAACAGCACCGAACUUUUUCUGGAUUAUACUAUCCGGCAGCUUUUCCCGGGUACUGAAUACCUCAUAAAGCUGGCUGCUUGCACGGGAGGUGGAUGUACAAUUAGUGAAGCCAACAGAGCCCUAACAGAUGAGAGUACACCAGAAGGUGUUCCUGCUCCAAAAGCCCAGUCAUAUUCACCUGAUUCCUUUAACAUCUCAUGGAGUAAGCCUGAGUAUCCGAAUGGUAUUAUUAAUAGUUAUGGAUUGUAUAUGAAUGGCAUUUUGAUGCAGAAUUCAUCACAGCUAAGUUAUUAUGCUUAUGGACUUGCUCCUUGGAGUCUGCAUUCCUUCAGAGUUCGGGCAUGUACUGCAAAAGGUUGUGCUUUGGGUCCAUUGGUAGAGGCUCGUACAGCAGAAGCUGCACCAGAAGGUACAGUUGAAAUGUUUGCCACCAUUAAUGGAUCCAGAGGAAUUCUAGUAAAAUGGCUACCCCCAAAUAAACCUAACGGGCAUCUGAUCUACACAGUACUUGUUGCUGGACUCUUCUAUGCUGAUCAAGGUAAUGCUAAUUACACUAUUAUAAAUGGCACACAGAUCUUAUACAACAGCAGAGACUUCAAUGUAUGGGUGCCCAUUAGAGGACUGAUUCCAUUUUCCAACUACACAGUACAAGUAAAUGCUUCUAAUAGCCAAGGCAGCUUGAUAAGUGACCCUGUAAAAAUAGUUAUGCCACCAGGGGCUCCAGAUGGCGUGCUGCCUCCAAGGCUUUCAUCUGCCACUCCGACCAGUCUUCAGGUUGUCUGGUCUACACCAGUUCGCAAUAAUGCUCCAGGCUUGCCCAGUUACCAACUCCAGAUGAGGCCUAAGCAUUCUACGGAUGAAAUCCUUGAGUUGCUUUCCAAUCCUACUGCUUCUCUAAGCUACAUAGUCAGAGAUCUUCAGCCAUACACUGUGUAUGAAAUGAGGUUGAAUGUAUCCAAUGGUUAUGGCAAUACAUAUAGUGACUGGGUCCCUAUGAUUACAGCAGAGGACAGCCCUGGUCCCAUUGAUCCACCACUUGUAUUGAAUAUUACAUCUAGGGCAGUGACCAUCAUCUGGCAACAUCCAUUGAAGCGAAAUGGCAAUAUCACCCAUUAUAACAUUUACCAAAAUGGCCAGCUGUACACUACAGUGCCAGGAACAAGCUCUAAUUGCACAAUAUACCACUUGCGUCCUUAUACAGUCUAUCAUCUUCAAGUGGAAGGCUGCACCUCUAAAGGAUGCUCUCUUUCACCCAAGGCCCCAGCUAUACGGACUCUCUCAGACUCACCUGAAGACAUCCCUGCUCCAGACUUGUAUUCUGAUACACCCACAUCUGUGGUCAUAUCAUGGCAACACCCAGUUCACCCAAAUGGUUUGGUGGAAAACUUUACUAUAGAAAGGAGGGCUAAAGGAACAGGACAAGUGUCCACUCUUGUGACUCUGCCUCUGAAUCAUUCCAAGAACUACAUUGACCAGAGUGCUGCCCUGAGCCCUUGGAAAAAGUAUGAAUACAGAAUAUUGGUGAGCACCCGUAAUGGAGGCGCUAACAGCAGUGCUUGGUCAGAAGUAACCACUAGACCAUCGAGACCUGCAGGAGUUCAACCACCUGAGGUGGAAGUAUUAGGGCCAGAUUUGGUUCAGGUGUCUUGGGAACCUCCUCUUAUACAGAAUGGAGAAAUACUGAACUAUGAAAUUCACAUGCCUGACCCUCGAAUUACCAUUAUCAGUGACACUUCAUCAGUGCUAAAUUAUUUGGUGACCAAUCUGAUCCCUUAUACAAACUACUCGGUCACUAUAGUAGCUUGUUCUGUAGGUGAUGGUUUCCUGGGAGGCUGCACAGAGAGCUUACCUACACCUGUGACUACACAUCCAACAAUUCCUCUAGGUGUUAGCCCUUUGUCUGUGAUUCCAAUAAGUGAUUCAUUUAUUGCUGUGUCUUGGCAACCACCCUCUAGGCCCAAUGGACCACACUUGAGAUAUGAGCUCCUGAGACGUAAAAUCCAGCAACCACUUGCAUCAAAUCCCCCUGAAGAUUUAAAUCUGUGGCACAAUAUUUACUCAGGAACUCAGUGGUUUUAUGAAGAUAAGGGUCUUAGCAGGUACACCACCUAUGAGUAUAAACUCAUAGUACACAAUGAGGUGGGAUAUACAUCCAGUGAGGAAGUGACUGCUACUACACUAGCAGGUUUUCCAGGGAAGGGAAGCAGCCUGACUGCACGCGCUCUUAAUCAUACUGCCAUUGAAGUGGCAUGGUCAAAACCAACAUUGCAAGAUUUGCAAGGAGAUGUUGAAUAUUACCUUCUCUCCUGGAACACCACUGCUGAAAACAAAUCUCUGAGGAUUGAGGCCGAUGUAAACUAUACUGUCAUUGGUGAUUUACAUCCCAACACAAAGUAUCAGAUUUUUUUUCAAGUUUUCAAUGGAGUCCACAGCAUUGACAGUGAAGGGGUGCAUGUGACUACUUUAGAUGGAGAGCCUGAGGGCAUGUUCCCUCCAGAGGUUGUCAUCAUCAACAGUACAGCUGUACGUGUCAUCUGGACAUCUCCUUCAAACCCAAAUGGUGUUGUCACAGAGUAUUCUAUCUAUGUAAAUAAUAAGCAGUACAAGACUGGAAUGAAUGAACCUGGGUCCUUCCUUUUAGGAGACUUGUCCCCAUUCACUAUAUAUGAUAUACAGGUUGAAGUCUGCACAUUGUAUGCCUGUGUGAGAAGCAAUGGAACACAAAUUACAACGGUGGAAGAUGAACCAAAUGACCUACCAGCACCCAGAACACAAGUCCUCAACUCAAGAUCUCUUCAGAUUGACUGGACAUCACCAAGACAGCCAAAUGGCAUUAUACUAGGGUAUGAUCUUUUACGUAAAGCAUGGCAACCAUGCAGCUCAUCCCGUCAGUUAUCAGCAAGCCAAAGCAGUAAAUCAUGCAUCUUGCUGGAAUGUGAGAUAUAUGAAAAUAUCUGUGGAGACCUGUGCUAUCAUCCAGAGUCUAAGGCAUGUUGUAAUGGGAUUCUGCACAACAAUAAACCUGGCUUUCAGUGCUGUGAGGACAAGUACACUCCAUUUAUUCUUAAUUCAUCAGGGGUUUGCUGUGGUGGUCAGAUACAUGCUGUGCAACCAAAAUAUCAGUGCUGUGGUGGCUAUUACACCAGAGUAUUAGCAGGAGAAAUAUGUUGCCCUAAUGAAGAGCAAAACCGGGUUUCAGUUGGAGUUGGUGAUGCCUGCUGCCAGGGAACUCCUUACUCCACAUCAGGGAAUCAGAUCUGUUGUUGUGGAUCCCUUCAUGAUGGUUUCAAUCAGCAGUGCUGUGGUGGACAAGUAGUAAGCAAAGACUUGAUCUGUUGUGGUGAUGAAGAGGUGGGAACUGUAUACAGGCCUCUCACAGGGAUGUUCUGUUGUGGACAGGAAUAUGUGAAUAUGUCAGAUACCAUAUGCUGUUCUGCUUCCAGUGGUGAGUCUAAAGCACAUGUUAAGAAGAAUGACCCAGUGCCAGUAAAAUGCUGUGAAACUGAACUUAUUCCAAAGAGCGAGGAAUGCUGUAAUGGAGUUGGAUAUAAUCCUUUGAAAUAUGUUUGCUCUGACAAGAUUUCAGCUGGAAUGAUGAUGAAGGUAGAAGAACAAUGUAAAGCUAAUACCUUGUGCCCCAUAUCCAUGGCAGCAACAGCGUAUUGUGGGAGGUGUGACUUUGAUUCAAGUGCCCACAUUUGUGUUUGGGUAAAAGGCUCUCAGAACGCUACAGAAAAAGAGGCCAAUCAAGAUGUCUGUCCAACUGCAGAGGAGACAGUGUACAGUGGAGGCCCAAACCGAUAUUCAUUUACAGACCUGAACCUGGACCCCUAUGUCACCUAUGAGUAUAGGGUAGCUGUGUGGAACAGCUAUGGAAGAGGUUUCAGUGAAAUCAGCAGAGCUAGAACUCAGCAAGAUGUGCCCCAGGCUGUAAACCCACCAAGAUGGGCCAAAGUAGACAAUCGGGAAGAUGCAAUACUUCUAAAAUGGAAAGAACCGCUUCAACCAAAUGGUCUUAUCACUCACUAUAUUGUUUUCCGAAAUGGGAUGGAGCGUUUUAGAGGAAAAGAACUGAGCUUCCUUGACACAGGUGGUAUCCAGCCAUAUCAAGAGUAUUCAUACCAGCUGAGAGCCUGUACUGUUGCUGGUUGUACAGACAGCAGCAAGGUAGUUGCAGUCACUGUCCAAGGAAUCCCAGAGAGUGUUCAGCCACCAACAGUCACUGCUUUGAGCUCAACAGCAUUGCAUUUGAGCUGGACCAUACCCAGGAAACCAAAUGGUAUCAUCAGAGAGUACCAGAUCAAUCAAAGUGGAAAAGGGCUUAUAUACACUGACACUGCAGGCAAAAUGCAGUAUACUGUAUCAGGUCUCCAGCCACAUACUAACUACAGUUUCACAAUGACAGCAUGCACAUCUGCAGGAUGUAGUUCCAGCCAGUCAUUUUCUGCUCGAACAUUGCAAGCGGCUCCUGAGGGAGUAUGGUCAAAGCCUCGUCAUAUCAUAGUCAGCUCAACAGAAGUAGAAUUCUAUUGGAGCGAACCAGAAAAGCCCAAUGGGCUCAUUUCUCGUUAUCGAUUGCUUCGUAAUGGAGAAGAGAUUUUCCAGGGUGGCAGCAGAGAUCUGAAUUUCACUGAUGCUGGUCUGCAGCCCAAUAAUAGAUAUGUUUACCAGCUGGAAGCCAGCACUGGGGGUGGCAGCCACAGCAGUGACAAAUAUAUUAUACAAACACCAGUAGAAACACCAGAGAAUAUCCAUGCUCCAUAUAAUGUCACAGUAAUGGAUGCACAUUCUAUAUUUUUAGCUUGGAACACUCCAGGGAUUUUCAACAUCAGUAUACCUGUGGAGUAUAAUGUCUUACUAAAUGCUGGCAGUCCUUCCCAGUUGGUAAGACCAGUAGGUCAGCCUCAGUUUGUCCUUUUGGAUGACCUGGAUCCAUACACCAAGUACGAGAUAAGGAUACAAUGUUGUCAGAAUGGUGCCUGUGGAGUAGGCACUAGGACACAUGCAAGAACUGCUGAAGCACUUCCUGAGGAACUGAGCCCACCUAUAGUGAAGGCAACAGGGUCUGCAGUUAUAGAAGUGAAAUGGGCACCACCUAAGAAACCAAAUGGAAUCAUAACCAACUACUUUAUACACAGGCGUGCUGUAGGCACUCCAGAGGAGCUGCUUUUGUUCAUCUGGUCAGAAGGAGCGCUGGAAUUUAUUGAUGCUUCGGAUGCACUGCAGCCAUUCACUGCCUAUGAAUACCGUGUUAGAGCUCAGAAUUCCAUGGGCUCGGUAGGCAGUCAGUGGACUUCAACGCAAACACUGGAAGCUGCACCUUGGGGCAUGAAAGCCCCUUGGGCACAAGCUACAAGUGCAUACUCUGUGCUGCUGAACUGGAUCCAACCCCUGUCUACCAAUGGCAUCAUUUCCCAGUAUCGUGUAGUCUAUCAAGAGAAACAGAGUGAUCCAACAUUUAGCACCCCAGCUGUUACAGCGCUAACCGUAAUGGGAACAAGGCAUCAGGCUCAUUUGUUUGGACUGAAACCAUUUACAGCAUACCACAUUUGUGUCGUGGCUGUGAACAAUGCUGGCCAAGUUUCAAGCCCCUGGACUUCUGUGCGCACACUGGAAGCUUCACCAAAUGGCCUCAGUAACUUCACUGUGGAGAAGAAAGAGAAUGGCAGAGCAUUGUUACUGAAAUGGUCAGAGCCUUCCACACCGAAUGGAGUACUUAAGAACUACAAUAUUUUAAAUGAUGAAAAUCUGGAAUAUAGUGGUUUAUCUCGUCAAUUCCUCUUUAGACGUCUUGAGCCUUUCACUCUGUAUACUCUAGCACUUGAGGCUUGCACUGUGGCAGGUUGCACUCGCUCUUCACCCCAGCCAAUCCAAACAGAUGAAGCCCCUCCUGCGUCUCAGCUGGCACCUGUAAUCCAGUCAGUUAAUGCUACCAACAUUGAACUGAGUUGGUCUGAGCCAAUUAAUCCAAAUGGAAAAAUAAUUCACUAUGAAGUUAUUCACAGAUGCACAAAAGAAAAUGCUUCAGGGAACAGAGCAACAACAGUAGAUGAGAAAAUUGUUUUCACAGAAUAUAACAUUGGAAGUAAUACAUUUAUAUAUAAUGAUAAAGGUUUACAGCCAUGGACAAGGUAUGAAUAUAAAAUACGUGUCUGGAAUUCAGCAGGUUAUGCUGACAGCUCUUGGUCAGUGGCAAAGACCAGUCAAGCUGCCCCUAAAGGUCUUGCUGCACCUAAAUUAUACCAUGUGGCACAUAAACCCAAUAAAGUGCUCAUUUCAUGGGUCUCCCCAGAAGAGCCCAAUGGUGUUCUCCAGUCAUACAAGCUACAAAGAAAUGAUAUUCUCUACCCUUUCAGCUUUGAUGCUAAAACUUUCAACUAUACAGAGGAAGACUUACUGCCAUACUCAGAGUACAGUUAUGCUUUAGUUGCCUGUACAAUGGGAGGCUGUUCGACCAGUGAACUAGCCAAAAUACGAACUCUUGAGGCAGCUCCAGCAUUAGUGAACCCCCCAUCCCUGCAGGCCAUCAGUGCCACUCAGAUUAAUGCAUCUUGGUCCCCACCCCAGGUUCAAAAUGGAGAAAUCACUAAAUAUAUCUUGAAAUUAAACAAUGAAGAGUAUUUUGUUGGAAAGAGUUUACUCAGUUUAUUGAUUUCAAACCUACAGCCUUACACACAGUAUGAUUUCAGCCUGGUUGUCUGUACUAAUGGAGGCUGCACAUCUAGCAAACCUCACUCUGUUUCGACAAUGGAAGCUGCUCCAUUAAAUAUGGAGGCUCCAAAGUUGCUGGUCACAGGGUCAGAGUCAAUAGAAAUCUCCUGGAAAAGCCCAGUUAAUCCUAAUGGUAAAAUUACAAAUUAUGAGCUGAAGAGAGAUGGAGUUCUUAUUUAUUCAGGUCUGGAAACUCGGUACCUUGACUUUGCAUUGACACCAGGUGUGGAAUAUAGCUAUGCUGUAACUGCAGAUAAUAGUCAAGGAAGCGCAACCAGCCCAUCAACCAAAAUUAGAACCAACCCAUCUGCUCCAUCUGGAAUGUUACCUCCUAGACUGCGGGCAUGGGCCCCCAAGGAGAUUUUGGUGGCAUGGGAUGCUCCCGCAAAAGUCAAUGGUGAAAUAAAAAAUUACACAAUCUCCAUUCGGGAGCCUGCUGAAACAGGAAAGAAAACUGUUCACUUUGAUUCAUCUCAUGUUUCUUUUGCAAGACAGUCCUACAUUGCAACAGAAUUAAAACCCUAUCAUAGGUAUGAAGUACAAAUUCAAGCGUGCACGUUGCUGGGAUGUGCUUCCAGUGAGUGGGCAUCCACACAGACUCUGGAAGCCCCCCCUGAACGGCAGCCUGCCCCUCUCAUAGAAGUACAAAUGAGCCCUGAUGGACUCCACUCAGUCUGUUCUGUUCUGUGGACAGGCCCACAACAACUGAAUGGGAAGAUUUUACAUUACGAGCUUUACAGAAGACUAGCCACUCAUACGCACAUAAAUUUAGACCUGGUACUUGUCUAUAAUGGGUCUUCAACCUCCUGCAAAGAUGUCAGUUUGCUGCCUUACACUGAAUAUGAAUACCAGGUAUGGUCCAUAAAUUCUGCAGGCCGGGCUCCAAGCAGCUGGUCACGCUGUAGGACAGGCUCUGCCCCACCUGAAGGCCUUCAUGCACCUAAGUUCCACACUGUGGCUUCUACCUUAGCUGUGGUAAACAUCAGCCCACCUCUUAAACCAAAUGGGAUAGUUAGUCUCUACCGGCUGUUCUCUAACACCAGAGGCACUGAAGUGGUGUUGUCUGAAGGGACUGCCACCCAGCAAACAAUACAUGGCCUUAAACCUUUCACUACGUACUCUGUUGGUGUAGAGGCCUGCACCUGUUUCAACUGUUGCAGCAAAGGGCCAGUAGCUCAACUGACCACUCAGCCAGCUCCACCUUCAGAACAGCCCCCUCCACAUAUCCAUACUGUAACCUCAAGAAUGGCAUCUUUCCAGUGGAGUGCACCUCAGUCACCCAAUGGCAUAAUGAAAAGCUAUGAGCUCCACAUGCACACUUAUUGCCCUCCCUACUUAAAGUCAGUGGCAAAGACUUGCAGUCCUGGUCCAACUGAAGUGAAAUAUAAAGGGAAGGGUCAGAGUGCCAACGUGAGUGACCUUCAGCCGUACACAGCUUACAACCUGAGAGUGGUGUCCUACAAUUCUGUGGGCAGCAGUGCUUCAGAAUGGAUCAGCUUUACUACCAAGAAGGAAUUGCCUCAAUACAGAAGUCCAUUUUCUGUUGCCAGCAAUUUAUCUAUGGUCCACCUAGACUGGAGUUACACUUUCCUACUGAAUGGGCAGCUAAAGGAGUAUGUGUUAACUGAGGGCAAACAGCGUGUCUAUAGUGGCUUUGACACCAAGCUGAAUUUACCUAGGACAUCUGACAAAACUUUUUCCUUCCAAGUAACCUGCACCACUGAUGAAGGAAGUGCCAUGACACCAGUGAUCAAAUAUAACACUGCUACUGGACUUGGUCCUGUCUUAACAACUCCGGGAGCAAAAGAUGAAACGGGGACCAAAACUGUAAAAUUCUAUAAUGAACUGUGGUUCACAGUAUUAAUGGCAGUUCUAGGUUUGGUCCUUUUGGCUGUUUUCCUGUCUCUGAUUCUACAAAGAAAAUUAAACAAACAGCCAUAUGCAAGAGAGAGGCCACCUCUGGUUCCACUGCAAAAGAGGACAUCACCAAUGAGUGUGUAUUCCCCAGGUGAAACACAUAUGAAAACCUCUUUAACUGAUAAUCCCUGCCAUCAGCAUCCUAUUGCAACUUCUUUACAAGUUCCUGUCAUCUCAUCUUCAGAAGUAUCACGGAGCACAGAUAAGGGCCUAGCAGAUACAAAACUUCCAGGACCUGCAUCUCCUACGAGUAAUCAGAGCCACCAAAGUGCUUCUGUUCUUCGGCUACCAAGUCAAAGGCAGAUGAGUCGUACUUACUCCAGAAGUUCUCUGCAUCGCAGUGUCAGCCAACUUAUCAAUGUCUAUGACAAAAAGUCUCUAAUAGAAGAUUCUGUGUGGGAUACCAUUAUACACAGCCAUGACAGUAGUCUGUAUGUGGAGGAUGAAGAUCUCAUUAAUGCCAUCAAAGGCUUCAGCACAGUAACGAAAGAGCACACAUCUUUUACUGAUACCCAUCUGUAGUACACAUUUGAAUAUCACGGCCAAUCCAAUGAAGCUGGAGGAGUCCAAAAUCCUUGCUUGGUUCAACUUGCAUUAAAAUGAAUAUAAAUGUGGGAUUGUGCUCUAAGUGAUGUGCCUAUUGGACCUUUAGCAAUAUGAAUGAAUUUUUUUUAUUAUAUCCUUAUGACAGCCAAGAGUAGUUACAUGCUGUAUUAACAUUCUCAUACACAUACUCUCUUCAGUGUUACAUGUUUAUUACAAGGCUGUGUAGUAAUAUUUUAAAAAGAGGUAGAUGGAAAUAAUAUCUUAGUGUAUAAUAAGUCACUUAUUACUUCCUAAUUCCUUUAAAAAUAAUCUUAAAUAUCAGAUAUUUUACAGGGGUGUAGGUUGCAUGGUACAUAAAAGUUUUACAUAUACUAUUUUUAAGAUACCUGAAACUUUUAAGGAAUUUUUAUUAUUAUACUCUAGUGGGACAAUUAUUAUAAGGGGAGUUAGUUGCAUCAAUCACAAGGAUAAAUAAGACUGUAUAAAAAAUUGAUAUUGUAGCUUAAUAUAGAAGAAAUUUAGCUGUUUUUAAUAGCGUUAGAACCCAAUUUGAUCAGAAAUCAAAAAGCGGAGG